UCUGCUGAGCUCUCUGCCAGGGUGGAAUUUGGGCCAUUUUUUCCCCCCUUGUAGCCUGAAACCACUUAGCGUUACCGUUGUGUUUUUUAACGGUGUGAUUUUGAUGUGCUCAGAGUAGAAUAAUGAAGUAUUAACAGAUAAGGCGUUUAAGCUCUAAGUUUGAACCAACAGUUUAACUUUGGAUGGAGUUUAUUGCCGCUCUGUCCAAACUCACUGAGGCUCUGAGGGGGAGCGGAAUUUACCGGUGAACAGGCUGGGAGGGAAGAAAACUGCUAGCCCUAAGAAAAGAAACGUGGAGAUUUUUUUUAUAACAGUUUUUUUUUUCAAGAGAAGGCUAUCUUACCCCCCUUCUCCUCCUCUCUGAGCUGAGGAGUAUCUUCAGCCAUGGCGAAAAAGUACGAUUUCCUUUUUAAACUUUUGCUGAUAGGGGACAGCGGAGUGGGUAAAACAUGCCUCAUCAUCCGUUUUGCAGAGGACAAUUUCAACUCCACAUACAUCUCCACCAUUGGGAUUGACUUCAAAGUAAAAACAAUUGAUGUGGACGGAAAGAAAGUAAAACUACAAGUCUGGGACACAGCAGGACAAGAGAGGUUCAAAACCAUCACUACAGCAUACUACAGAGGAGCCAUGGGCAUCAUCCUGGUUUACGACAUCACUGAUGAGAAGUCCUUUGAAAACAUCCAAAACUGGAUGAAGAGCAUCAAAGAAAAUGCGUCGGCUGGAGUCAGUCAGAUGCUCCUAGGAAAUAAAUGCGACAUUGAAGCGAAACGGAAAGUUUCCAAGGAGACGGGGGAAAAGUUGGCAAAGGAUCAUGGUAUCAGGUUCUUCGAGACCAGUGCAAAGUCCAGCAUUAACGUGGAAGAGUCUUUCCUAGCUUUAGCGAGAGAUAUCCUGCAUAAAUCCACCAAGAAGCCGGGAUCCGCAGGAAAAGUGGUGAAGAUCACCAGCAGUACGGAGAAACAGCGCUCAAAGUGUGCCAUUCUCUAGAAGGGAUAUCCACAAUAUACCACAGACAUUUAAAAGUGCAUUUGUUUUUUAUCAUGAAAAGAUACUACAGCUCUCUGUCACCAUCUGCUGGCUAAAAAGAUGUAAUGCAUAGAGUAUGAUUUUUAUACCUAAACUGUAUUCUGUAUUUCUGUUGAAAUCUUUUAGUUUACAAGAAUUAAAGCAUGUCCAAAUUAAUUUAUUACUCUGACAAUGUAUCUGGGGUUUUUUUGGUGGGUUUUUUUGUUGUUGUUUUUUUUGUUUUUGUGAUAGAUGACACAAAAUUGUCCUGAAAGUGUCCAAAAGCCUGAACCCAUGUUUCAUGUCUCUUGUUUCCAUGCAAAGUCCUUGUAGAUUAUACCCACACUGAUUAUCAUUUGUACACCAGCACUCUUCUAUAAUGUGAUCUUUUAUUAUUUUAAGCACACCCUGUAGCAAUUUUAAGGAGUUUGAUGUGGGAUAUUCUGAAUUAUAGAUCUAUAAAAUUUAAAGGACUCUUUUUUUUGUGUGUGUUUGUUUUAGUCAUUUUACGUAAAAGUCCAAGUGACAAACUCCUAUCAAGCCUAUUUAGGGCUUUUAAAUAAUAAGAGCAAAUUAUUAGAACAUAAAUGUCAUUAGUAGUUAUUGUUCUGGUCAGAGAUUCUGUUCAUAUAGCAUUAAUACCACAUAUUAGUUUUUAAUAUGAUAUAUUUGUUGUCGUUUUUUUUCAUUGGGUGGAAUGAUUAUAAAAAAAAACUUUUUUUUUUAUGUGAUGUUUAUGUGGGGGGAGGCAAAUUUGAAUUCACAUGGGAUCAAAUAUUUACAUACACCCCGACUGAUGUAUAGAUAACAUUCAGCAAGUUGCACAUUCACUACGUACCUUUUUGUAGGUAAUAACAAGCCUCUGUCUUGGUUCAGUUCAAUUCAGUUUAUUUAUUUACCGCCAAUUCACAACACAUAGAAAUGCACUUUAUAGAGACAAUUUAAUCAAGUCAUGUAGACAAGCUGUUAAAAAGUUCAUCUGAGGUCUCUUCCUGCAUAUAUGAACACUUGAUGUGAUUGAAAUUGCAGCAUUCAUUUUAAUAAGUUGAUGAACUUAUACUAAGCCAACUUUUAUGCAUAGUCUGGAAGUGGUCAAUAACAUGCAAGCUGGACCUUUAGCGUGGUAAUUACAGAAGCUUAGUAAUAGCCACUUUAUCCACUUCAAAAGCAAUUAAAAUAUGUAUUUUCAGUAUUUCCGUAAACACAAUUUUGUGUAAGUUUUGCUUUCCCAUUAUUAAUCUAUUCACUUUUUACCCCACAGCAUGACCAUGCUUGAUUUUUGUUAAAGCAUUUUUAGCUCCAAACCCUGAGAAUUACCUGUCUUAUUUGUGGCUAGACGUCUCUGUUGCAUUCUUGUUUUUGAAAUCUGUAAAUUUAUAUGCUGUAUUAUUAUCCCAAGCUGAAGAGAACACAAUAAAAUGUAUGGCCCCAACUCAUUAAGGCUUCUAUUUCCAUGAGGAGUCUAUAAUCCCCCUAACCUGAUGACUGUUUGCAAUAAUUUGGCCAUGCGAGUACGCAAUAGAAAGAUUCAACAUUUCCAUAUUGUUUACUUCCUCAGAACUAAAUGACUGCAGAAUGUUCAGCACAUUUAACAAUCAAUGAGAGAUUGUCAUUAAAUGCUAACUAUCUUGACAACGUCCUGUUAUGCUCAGUGCAUUUUUAAAUCUCUCACCAUAUAAAUAUGUCCCACAAAUGGAAUCAAACCACAAGCUGAUUGGAAAACAUGCCUGUUUUAGUAGACUGAUGAAGAAUGUGGAUAAUAUCGAACAGAUUAAGGAGUGCAAUCUGAGAAGUUUAGGAAGAGAUGGGGAAAGGGUGAGUGUUAAUAACUAAGAAGGAAGGAGCGGAGCAUUCAUGCCUCCCACAGUGGAUUGAUGUUAAAUGGGUCUGCCUUUUAUCUGAAGUGCCUGAAUGCUACCGCACAUUAGCAACAUUACUGUCUUCCUGUUUAGGCAAGUUUUAAAAAGCUGAAAAUCACUCCUCUCUGCAGGUGCUAAUUAUGGCAGCUUGUGUUUUUUUUUUCUUUUUUUUUUUUGUUUUGCCUACAGACCAGAGUUCAUUUUUGGAUUAUUUGUUAAGCCAGAAUUGGUCUAUUGGAAGUACUGUAAAAACCUGAUUUUCCAUAAAUAGAAGUUAAAUACAAUUAUAAGUGCUUCUGAUUAUAAUUGUUUUCAGAUGCUUCGAUGUUUUCUACUACUUCCUUGAAUAGAUUGUGCAAAAUGUUGUUUUAAUAAACGUCUAAAUAGGAUUGAAAGGCCCAGCUUUCUUACUGUUCAUGCAAAGUGGAUGUAUUUCA